AUGUUCAACAGUGCUGAACAAGCUCUUCUAUUUUCGUCUGUACCUGUUGGGACUUUAUUGGGAACAUUACCUAUUACACCUUUAACUUCUCGUUUUGGAAUGAGAAAAACAUUUGUUUUCUACGGGUUAAUUUCAAGUUUUGCAACUUUAUUUACUCCACUUGCUGUUAAAUUAGAUUUUGGAUUUUUAUUAAUUAUGCGUGUAUUACAGGGUAUUGCUGUCUCUAUAUGUUUUCCAGCUAGUGGUUCAAUAAUUGCUGACUGGAGCCCUCUUCGAACUGCAGGCACGUUUAUUGCUUUUCUCUCCUGCCAUAUUCAAUUUGGCCCUAUUUUAACUAUGCCAUUGGCUGGGAAAUUGUGUGAAUCGAGUUGGGGAUGGCCAGCUGUCUACCAUUUGCAGGCAAUGCGGCGUAACUUUUUAUUUUAUUUUUAA